AAAUUUGAUUGGCUGUCAAUAAUGUCACUCAUUCCUCCAUCCCUCUCGCCAAAUGCUAGCAACUUCCGCUUCUGUGUCAAACCCAAAGCUGAGCUUCAAGUUCCUUUUCUGGACUUGUCAAAGCGUUUACUUUGGACACACCGUCCAGGCAUCGCUCUUCUCGGACAAAAGAUCCAUCCCAACCAUUUUGUGGACGGCGUUACUGUUUUGCUGUUGCCGUGGUGCCGAUCCAGAGGGAACCUUGACCGAUAGGUGUAUGUCCAGAAUUCUCUGAGGGAUGAUGUGCUAGAAAUUGAACAAUCAUCAGGUAGAUUUCACGUCGAUUUGUCAGCGUUGACGACAGAAGAUGAGCAAUGAGGAUGAGUUCUACGACGCCGUUACAGGCCUGGAUUCGGACGAGUCGUAUGAAGGGGUGUCGGAGUCCAGUUACAAAGACGCUCUGGUGUAUGACAGCAGCAGAAAUAAUGGAUCAAAGGCACAGGAGAAUGGCCUCAAGAAACAUAGGACAUCAUUACCAGCACCGAUGUUUUCCAGAAACACCGUUAGUGUCUGGAGUAUUCUUAAAAAAUGUAUUGGAAUGGAACUCUCCAAGAUUACGAUGCCUGUCAUCUUCAACGAGCCCCUCAGCUUCUUGCAGAGGAUUACAGAAUACAUGGAACACACUUACCUCAUCAACAGAGCCUGCUCGUUAUCGGACUCCGUAGAGCGCAUGCAGGCCGUGGCUGCAUUUGCUGUGUCGGCAGUUGCGUCUCAGUGGGAACGAACUGGAAAACCCUUCAACCCUCUUCUUGGGGAGACCUUUGAACUCACCAGAGAGGAGCAGGGCUUCCGGCUAAUAGCGGAGCAGGUAUCCCAUCAUCCCCCAGUAAGUGCCUUCCAUGCUGAGAGCCUUUCAGGAGACUUUGUCUUCCAUGGGUCUAUAUAUCCCAAGCUCAAAUUCUGGGGGAAAAGUGUUGAGGCAGAGCCGAAAGGGACCAUCACUCUCCAGCUGCUUAAGUAUAAUGAGGCAUACACAUGGAGUAACCCCAACUGCUGUGUUCACAACAUCAUCCUGGGCAAACUAUGGAUAGAGCAGUACGGCACGGUGGAAAUUGUCAACCACAGCACUGGAGACAAAUGUGUGUUAAAUUUCAAGCCUUGUGGGAUGUUUGGCAAGGAGUUGCACAAAGUGGAGGGAUACAUCCAGGAUAAGAGUAAAAAGAAGGUGUGUGUUAUCUAUGGAAAGUGGACAGAGUGCAUGUGGAGUAUUGACCCGCAAUCCUACGAGGCCUACAAGAAGAGUGAGAAGAAAGGAGACAGGAAGCAAAAAACUGAAGAGCCAAUGAGAUUGGAGAAUGAGGACGCCGAUGACAUGCCAGAGAUUCAAGAAACUGUGUCAGUCAUACCAGGAAGUACUCUGCUCUGGAGGAUCGAGCCAAGACCGGCUCACUCGUCUCAGAUGUAUAGCUUCACCAACUUCGCUAUGUCUCUCAAUGAGCUGGACUCGGGCUUAGAGGCCAUCUUGGCCCCGACGGACUGUCGCUUCAGACCUGACAUCCGGGCAAUGGAGAACGGAAGAAUGGAAGAAGCCAGUCAGGAGAAGGAGAGGCUGGAAGAGAAACAGCGAGCUGCCAGGAAGCAGAGAGCCAAGGAUGAGGAGGAGUGGUCCACAAAGUGGUUCCAAAUGGGCACCAACCCCUGCACCGGCUCCCAGGACUGGAACUAUUCCGGGGGUUACUUCAGUAGGAAUUACCAAGACCUGCCCGAUAUCUACUGAGAAGACCACUAGCUAAAAACUUCUCUAUUGCACACACAUCCAACGGUGAUAGGAAAGACUCGCACUUGAACACUCGCCGACUUCAUCACGACUUGGACAAGGAUUCUACAUCGACUUCACCACUGUGUUUUCCAUAUGUCGCCACUUUAACGGAACGUGUCAGGUAUUCUGUAGAAAUUUACCGACGCUGCAGAACGAUGAAUAGGAGGUGGAUUGAUCGCUGCCACACCUCCCAAACGGAUUGGACGUGUUAUCGUUGUGGAAAUUCCUAACGUUAGCUUAAGCGAGAAAAUAUUUGAACUCUAGGUUUUUUUUUCUUUGACUAUUCUAAAAUGCAAUUGUAUUCUGUUGAAUGGUGGCUAAAAAUUUUAUCCAAUUUUCUUUUUUUAAAAGCACUUAAACAGAUAUACCUGUCAACUUCACGUCUUUGUACGUUCUCUCUGUGCCUGUUACGUCUGUUUUCAAAACUAUGUGACAUGAACAAAACACUAAAUGUCAGGUUGAAAGAUUAUAUGAAACAAAGAUACAUAAAGCGGUACAGCGUUGCUACACAUUCCAACCAUUGGUAAAUUCUUGCUUUUGUCAUUUCUCCCAAUUCUAACCUCCGUGUCUUGAUCUAUGUUGUUGAGUUACACAGAGGUAAUCUCAUGCAAAAAAAUGACAUUUUGUGCAAUUGAUUUAUUUUUAUAAUAUUUAAAGCAUUGUGGGGGGAGAAGAUACGUCAGAUGUUUUAUUCUUGGGUGGGGGUUGAAGAAAACUGCUUGUUAGAUUCAUGGACAGAAGGAAUGUCUACUAAUAAAAUCUUUAAUUUCA